GGCCACCUUGCUUUCUAUAUGGGGGCCUUUGAAAGGUCUCCUCCCGGUAUGCUGGCCUUUGACGUCACCGAUCAUGCCAUUGCACCGCCUCGCCCUUUUCGAGCCUCGUUGUGAGUUUGUGACCAUUCGCCAUGUCACACGAGAGGAUGGCGAGAUCCGUGGAUCGCGACAGUCUGUGCGUGAGAUAUUACUCCUGGUCUUGCUGGCUUCCGCGAACUUCCGCAUGCGCGCCCAUCGGUCUGGCCCAACGCUCCGUGGCAUGGAGAUGCUUGCUCAUGGUCAGAGUCGAAGGAGGUAUGACGAGUCUGACCAGCUCGAAUGAUCCAGACCAACGAAACAGUGCUUGCUGUCGGAAAGAUCGAUAUCUCAUGCAGAAAGGCAUCGACAGAUUCGCGAGCUCAUAUUGGCCCGGCAGGGGAUCGAGGAUUGAACACCAUUGCAUGCUUCGGGAUCUGGGCCUGUGGACUCGCGAUGUUGUUUACCGUAACUGAUCUGCGGUCGCAACGCCUUCAGCUUCGUGUGCAUUCAUACUGGCUAAGCUUGCAUACGGCGGAAGUCUUCAUUGUCGCCAACAGAUAAGAGGUCGGCUGGAAGUUUCAGCGUG